AUGCCGGGAAGCAUUGGACCCCAAUCUUCCGCCCUGGCGCGCGCAAACUUCGGUUUGGACUGCGGUGAGUUAAUCGGUCGCCGUCUUGCGACGACCUUUGCUUAUCCCCCUUUCGCUGAUUCCCUUCGUACCCUCCCUCCACUGUCGGCUUCUCUACCUGACCUCCUCGACGUCUACUUGCGAAGCUGCAAGCGCAGGCCUCUGCUCUGGACUACCGUGCGUACGCACCUAUCGGUACGCGAUGCGCUCUGCGUGCACGCUGAGCUCCCGGUCCUCAGCCAGCUCAUCCCGAAGGUGAGUUUUGCCCAUCAGCGCCGACUGAGGCAGUUUUCUUCUUGCUCUUACCCGCGCUCACUCCCCGUUGCUAAACUCUCCUUUGCUGCCACGUCUUUGAAAGGAUUGGUAUCGCUUCAAGAUUCCGACGGCGGAUUAUUCCAGCACAUCCUAUGGCCGCGUCGAUCUUCUUGGGGCGUGUCUCUCACGUCGGCGACGCCUAUUCAGGAAUCUCGUCCCAUUCUUUGUGUCUGCCCUAAUUACUGA